UGGCGCCUUGUGCAGAUGCCGCCUGCGCCGAUCCUCGUGGGCCGGGGAGGAGGGAAACGCGGAGGCUGCUCUGGCGCUUACACGCGGCCGCCGUGUCCUCCGGAACGCUUUCUUCGUUUCGGGAUCCUUUGGGGACCGUGCUGCCAGGGGCAGCUUACCAGAAUCCAAAUGGCUCUCUUGCACAGGCAGUUGGGAUUUUCCUUAAGCCAUCUGAGCAACGCAGUCAUCCAGCGACACCUCAGUGUCAGUGGAGCAUGCCGAGCAAUACAGAAACUCACUCGCGUGCGAGUGGUGGACAACAGUGCCUUGGGAAACGCGCCCUACCACCGGCCACCAAAGUGUAUCCACGUGUAUAACAAGACUGGAGUUGGCAAAGUAGGAGAUAAGAUCCUUCUGGCUAUCAAAGGAGAAAAGAAGAAGGCUUUGAUUGUAGGACACAAGAUGCCUGGUCCUCACAUGACGCCUAGGUUUGAUUCUAACAAUGUGGUGCUCAUAGAAGACAACGGAAAUCCGUUAGGAACUAGAAUAAAAACACCCAUACCCUAUAUCCUGCGGCAGAGAGAAGGAGAGUUCUCCAAAGUUUUGGCCAUUGCCCGCAACUUUGUGUGAGAGUUAAAGAUUUCUGGCAAUCCUGUUCAUACCCUUUCCUACAGUACCUGUUCCUUGGUCCUUUUCUAGAAAAAGGUGAAACACGCAGAAGUUGAGGUCAAUUAAGAAUCUCUUUUCCUGUUUAUGACAUACAAACAGCUAAUUUAAAUUCUGAAAUGCCUUGUUUUUCUCCAGAAGAGAAAACAGCAUGUUUGGGAAGUGGUCCUAUACUAACACUGCUCUGCUGGUGUUACUUUGGUCUCCAGUUAUUAAAGUAAGAAGAUGAAAAUCUGCAUUGUUUUGUACUGCUUAUGCUCUGUUUUCCCUAUUUCGACUGUUCACAGUUCUGCUGGAGCAAGACACAAAGCCCAGUCCCUGGCCUGAUGGUUCUGGAAUGUACAAAAUGGAUUCACUUAUAAUAAAGUAGGAGAGAUGA